AUGAAUUUAAGAAUUGCAGCGCAAAGCGACCACUCAUUUGGAGCUAACCGAUGCCACAAAAAGAGGAAGAAGAAGAACAAGGUAGAUGCUGGACCAAGUGAAGACCACGGAGAGUUGGAGGCUAAACGAGCCAAAAUGAAUGAACGGGUGACUGACGUGCAGAACAGUCGAAAGCAAAAGCCGUCGAAAUACUAUUUACUAAAGGCAACUUGGCUCGUCGUUAUCGAGAAGUUUCAACCGCUCUCACGGGAUGCCAGAUCAAGAUGCGAGAUGAAGAGUGUCGUGUUG